AGUUAUAUUGACAUAUCGUGUACGUAUUGUCUUGCAGGCAGUUCUGCCUAGGAGGGCCGACCCCACUGAGUUAAAAGCCAUUUUUGAAAAGUAUGCCGGCGUCAAGAAGAAUGACGAGUGCUUCAUGUCACCGCAGGACUUUGUGAGUCGUUUUCUCUAUGCCCACACAGACAUCCAGCUGUCAGACGAGGCUACAAAGCUGCUGGCUGGAGUGGUGGAUCAGAAGAAAGAUGGGUUGAUCUCCUUUCAGGAGUUUGUAGCGUUUGUGUCGAUGCUGUGUGCCCCAGACUCCCUCUACAUAGUUGACUUCAUGCUGUUUGAUAAAGCAGGCAGUGGAAUGACCACUUUUGAAGAUGUGAAGCAGGUCUUCAGCCAGACCACCAUCCACCAGCACAUCCCCUUUAACUGGGACUUUGAGUUCAUACGGCUGCACUUUGGCACACAGAGGGACAAGCAGCUCAGCUACGGAGAGUUCACCCAGUUUCUACUGGAGAUGCAGCUGGAACAUGCACGUCAGGCUUUUAUUCAACGGAACCAAGCCCACAGUGGCUCCAUCUCAGCCCUGGACUUCAGGGACAUCAUGGUCACCAUCCGGCCGCACAUGCUCACAUCCUUUGUGGAGGAAUGUCUCGUGGCGGUUGCAGGUGGCAGCACAUCUCACCAGGUCAGCUUCUCGUUCUUCAACGGCUUCAACUCGCUGCUCAAUAACAUGGAGCUGAUAAGAAAGAUCUAAAGCACCCUGGCUGGCCACCGCCGAGAUGUGGAAGUUACCAAAGAGGAGUUCAUUGCGGCAGCUCAGAGAUUCGGCCAGGUGACACCCAUGGAGGUCCGCAUCCUCUUUCAGCUGGCUGACCUCUCGGAGCCCCGUGGACGUGUUAGUUUAAUGGACAUUGAGCAGAUCGCUGCGCUGGAGGAAGGCGCCCUUCCCUACAACUUGGCUGAGGUCCAGAGACAGGUACAGAAUAUGAAGACUUGGAGACAGCUUAAUAAGGAGAGGGGCAGUGGCUCCCUGGUGGGAGAGCUCAUGUACAAGAACAGCUUUGACUGCUUCAAGAAGGUGGUGCGUUACGAGGGCAUCUUUGGCCUUUACCGAGGUCUUGUACCACAGCUACUGGGUGUGGCGCCCGAGAAAGCCAUAAAGCUCACAGUGAAUGACUUUGUGCGUGGAAAGACCAGACAGAAAGAUGGCACAGUCCCACUGGCAGCUGAGGUCCUGGCUGGUGGAUGUGCUGGUGGCUCCCAGGUCAUCUUCACCAACCCUGUGGAGAUUGUAAAGAUCCGUCUGCAGGUGGCAGGAGAGAUCACCACAGGGCCAAGGGUCAGCGCCCUGUCUGUCAUUAGGGAACUCGGCUUCUUUGGACUUUACAAGCAUUCUAAGGCAUGUUUUCUGCGUGACAUCCCCUUCUCAGCCAUCUACUUCCCCUGUUAGGCCCACAUCAAGGCUCACAUCACUGAGGAGGAUGGAAGGAUAGGGCCAGCCAAGAUGCUGUUUGCUGGAGCGCUGGCAGGUACUUCAGCCUUUAUACUUCAACAAGAAAAAAGCAUCUCUGGUGACCCCAGCCGACGUCAGGUGGCGGCACAUGCCGGUCAGACCACCUACAGCGGCCUGGUGGACUGUGUCUGGAAGAUUCUCAGAGAAGGGGGACCCCGGGCUUUCUGGAAAGGAUCUGGAGCUCGUGUGUUCAGAUCCUCGCCUCAGUUUGGAGUGACCCUGGUGACCUAUGAACUCCUCCAGCGCUGGUUCUAUAUCGACUUUGGAGGACAAAAGCCGUCUGGCUCAGAGCCCACCCCCAAGUCUCGGAUCAGCCUGCCGGCGCCCAACCCCGACCACAUCGGAGGCUUCAGGUUGGCCGUGGCCACGUUCGCUGGCAUCGAGAGCAAGUUUGGGCUCCAUCUCCCACGCUACACCCCUCCACUGUGAGCACCCCCUGAACCUCCACAGGUAGGGGGGUAAGUGAAAGAGAAGGCUUGCAUGUUUGUCAACAAGUCAUUGCUGUAUUUUAAAUUACAUAUUUAAGGUUAUUUAUAAUGUAUCUUCUUAUAAUAAUAUACUGUGAAUGGUAGUCUAUAUGCAACCCUAUGGAUUAGUGAGCAGGUACUCAGAGAAGAUUCUUUGUUGGACUUGUGCAGCUUUUGUUUUACCUUGGAUUGACACUAUAUAUCCUUAUUAUUAUAAUGUGGUUCAGUAUAUGCACACAGGCAGCAGAAGGGCUGGCAGAAGUUUAAACACCUUAACUGCUUGCUUUUGUUUUUGAAUAUACUGUCAAAUACUACAUACAACUGCCGCUUUUUUUAGUGUCUUCUUUUUGUUGAUUUAUAACCAAAAGCAAAUUUCUCACAUGAUUAAAUAGCUAGCUAAAAAGAAAAUCUAUUGAUUAUAAAUGUGGCACUGGCUAUAUGAGAAACCCAGAGACAUAUUUUAAUCAUCUAUACACCUGUUUUGCUCUUUUAAUUGUAAAUAUUUUAAUUGCUCAUUGGAUCAAAUGUAUCCACAAUAAUAUGACCAAAAUUACCUGAAUGUAAAGACACAGUGUAACAUUCUGAUUGUACACAAUGUUUACUGUAAGAUGUUUGGAUCGAGGUCUAAAUGUAUGCAGAUGUGUACAUAUCUGAGAGACAGCUGGCACCGACUGCAGCUCUGUAGUGUGUCAUGACUCAGUAUUUAAAUGUGGACAGUAUAGAGAAUGUAGGAGUUACAUAUGGUUUGUAAUAACCGUGCCUUACUCUGCGUAUGGCAGCAACAUGUGUAGCAAGAGUAAAGAGAAACUUUUAUUAGUAAA